CCAGUCUCCGAGGUGACCUGGCUACGUGUACUCUCCGUGGUACGUGGAGCAAUCCUGGACUUUGCACGUGUUCUGCAAGCCUCUCUUUAUGUUCUCUGCCAUUCUCCAGUGCGCUCUGCUCGCUUCGUGCGCUGUACGAGACCGGAUCCAGGCAUCUCCAUGUGAUACCUGCCGCCUCUGAGACGUGGGUAUAAAGAAUCAUUUCCUGUUGGACGUCUGAAACGAGCAUGGUCUUGAUCAUAAGGCAGUCAGGAGGGAUUUGGUAUUCCUGACAUGAUAAUAAUCAUACAAUGCUGAGUGACAAUAACUCUGUGAAGCUGAAAAGUGAUUGUUUGCCUCCUGUGCAAUGGUGUAAGGUAGCUGCACAUGAAGAUGAGAAGACCAAUCUGGUUUUUAAAAGGUACUCACAAACUUCUUGCACUGUUUGUGAUUGGAGGGUGCUUCCUUUAUAUCCUCAAAUUACAUUUUUACCCUGAAGAAUGUGACAGAACAAAAACACCAUAUGUGGACUUUGAUCGCGUAAAGAGAGCACAGCAAUAUGCCAGUGCUGUGUUGCAGGAACAGUGCCGACCUUCGUAUGUGAAAAAAGCAAUGGGAAAGUUAUUUGCGGAGAAAUACAGCAUGGACAUCCCUCCCUUUGUAGGAAAAAACAUGGAUGAUGAUGAAGCUCUAUUUAAAUACGGACCUCCCUUUGGAUUCCACAGGUUCUUUAAUAAGCUUAAAAAUCUUCUUGAACUCUUACCAGAGCACGAUUUGCCUGAGGAUUUGAAGUCAAAACACUGUAAGCGUUGUGUCGUUAUUGGCAGCGGUGGAAUUCUGUAUGGAUCAGAGCUAGGUCACUUACUGAAUCAGUAUGAUAUUGUUAUAAGGUUAAAUGAUGCGCCAGUUCAAGGAUACACAGAUCAUGUUGGUAACAAAACUACUAUAAGGAUGACUUACCCAGAAGGAGCUCCACUUUCUGAACAUGAGUAUCCCCCUGCUAGUUUAUUUGUGGCUGUCCUCUUUAAAAGUGUUGAUUUCAAUUGGCUUCAAGCAAUGGUAAAAAAUGAAACACUGUCUCUGUGGAUACGACUUUUCUUUUGGAAGGAAGUUGCCAAGAAAAUUCCUUUUACAUCAAAACAAUUUCGGAUUCUCAAUCCAGUCAUUGUUAAAGAGACAGCCCUGGACAUCUUAGAGUUUCCCAAACCUCGAUCAAUAUUCUGGGGUUGGGAUAAGAAUGUACCCACGAUUGGGGUCAUGGCAGUUGUUCUGGCCACGCAUUUAUGUGAUGAAGUAAGCAUAGCAGGAUUUGGGUAUGACCUGGACCAGCCCAGCACACCUUUGCACUAUUACAACAACCUCUGCAUGGCUGCAAUGAACAGACAAACGAUGCACAAUGUGACAGGUGAAACCAAAUUACUGCAAAAACUGGUCAAAGAAAAAGUUGUGAAAGACCUCACUGGUGGAAUACAUUGUGAAUUCUGCAACAAAGACAGCUAGUGAUUGAAGUGCAGCGUGGUCUGGAUUUGUUAAAUCCCCAGAGGUUUUGUUGGAACAACCUUUAAAGCUUAUAUAAAAUGGACUUGGAA